GGCCCGGACUCGGAGCGCGGAGACCCGGUUUUUUGAGUAGCGGCGUGCGGGGAAGGGCGCAGCAUCCUUGUUUCCGGGACGCGCGGACCCAGACGAGGCGAAGGGCUGUCGGGUCCUGGUCGCUGCUGGAGCUCCGAGGUGACCAAGGAUGGCAGAGAGGAUGUGACCGUCGUCUGCCUUUGUCUGCCCUCCUCGUGGCACCGCCAUGCAGAAGCCCAGUGGCUUGAAGCCCCCUGGCCGAGGGGGAAAGCACUCCAGCCCCGUGGGCAGGCCAUCCAUCGGGUCAGCUUCUGUGGUGGCAUCAGCCAGUGGCUCCAAGGAAGGGUCUCCCCUGCACAAGCAGGCAUCGGGCCCCUCCGCGGCUGGAGCCACCACCGCUGUCUCUGAGAAGCCAGGUCCAAGGGCAGCUGAAGUGGGUGAUGACUUCCUGGGGGACUUUGUGGUGGGCGAAAGGGUGUGGGUGAACGGUGUGAAACCCGGCGUGGUGCAGUACCUGGGCGAGACACAGUUCGCACCAGGCCAGUGGGCCGGCGUGGUCUUGGACGACCCGGUGGGCAAGAACGAUGGCGCCGUGGGUGGCGUGCGCUACUUUGAGUGCCCGGCUCUCCAGGGCAUCUUCACACGGCCCUCCAAGCUAACCCGCCAGCCCACAGCUGAGGGCUCGGGCAGUGACGCCCACUCGGUGGAAUCCCUCACUGCGCAGAACCUAUCCCUGCAUUCCGGUACCGCCACGCCCCCACUCACCAGCCGAGUCAUCCCCCUGCGGGAGAGUGUCCUUAACAGCUCCGUGAAGACGGGCAAUGAGUCUGGCUCCAACCUCUCCGACAGCGGUUCUGUGAAGCGUGGUGACAAGGACCUCCAUCUGGGAGACCGCGUGCUGGUUGGCGGGACGAAGACCGGUGUGGUGCGAUACGUUGGGGAGACGGACUUUGCCAAGGGCGAGUGGUGUGGCGUGGAGCUGGACGAGCCCCUCGGGAAGAACGAUGGGGCUGUGGCAGGCACCAGGUACUUCCAGUGCCCACCCAAGUUCGGUCUCUUUGCGCCCAUCCACAAGGUCAUUCGGAUCGGCUUCCCCUCCACCAGUCCCGCCAAGGCCAAGAAGACCAAACGCAUGGCCAUGGGCGUCUCGGCCUUGACCCACAGCCCCAGCAGCUCCUCCAUCAGCUCCGUGAGCUCCGUGGCCUCCUCUGUGGGUGGCCGGCCCAGCCGUAGUGGCCUGCUCACAGAGACCUCUUCACGCUACGCACGCAAGAUCUCAGGCACCACAGCGCUGCAGGAAGCCCUGAAGGAGAAACAGCAGCACAUCGAGCAGCUGCUGGCUGAGCGUGACUUGGAGAGGGCCGAGGUGGCCAAGGCCACCAGCCACAUCUGCGAGGUGGAGAAGGAGAUCGCCCUGCUGAAGACACAGCAUGAGCAGUAUGUUGCAGAAGCUGAGGAGAAGCUGCAGCGGGCACGGUUGCUGGUGGAGAGCGUGAGGAAGGAGAAAGUGGACCUAUCCAAUCAGCUGGAGGAGGAGAGGAGGAAGGUGGAGGACCUGCAGUUCCGAGUGGAAGAAGAAUCCAUCACCAAAGGAGACUUGGAGACCCAGACCCAGCUGGAACACGCGCGCAUUGGGGAGUUGGAGCAGAGCCUGCUAUUGGAGAAGGCGCAGGCCGAGCGGCUGCUUAGAGAAUUAGCGGAUAACAGGCUCACCACGGUGGCCGAGAAGUCUCGGGUGCUGCAGCUGGAAGAGGAGCUGAGCCUGCGGCGUGGGGAGAUAGAGGAGCUGCAGCAGUGUCUCCUCCAGUCUGGGCCCCCACCCCAGGACCACCCCGAGGCCGCCGAGACCCUGCGGCUGCGGGAGCGGCUGCUGUCGGCCAGCGAGGAGCAUCGGCGAGACAGCACCCUGCUCCAGGAGAAGUACGAGAAGAUGCUGAAGACCUACCAGGCUGAGGUGGAGAAGCUCCGGGCGGCCAACGAGAAGUACGCGCAGGAGGUGGCGGACCUCAAGGCCAAGGUGCAGCAGGCCACGAGCGAGAACAUGGGACUCAUGGACAACUGGAAAUCCAAGCUGGACUCUCUGGCCUCUGACCACCAGAAGUCCCUGGAGGACCUGAAAGCCACGCUGAACUCUGGCCCAGGCGCCCAGCAGAAGGAGAUCGGGGAGCUGAAGGCGCUGGUGGAGGGCAUCAGGAUGGAGCACCAGCUGGAGCUGGGCAACCUGCAGGCCAAGCACGACCUGGAGACAGCCAUGCACGGGAAGGAGAAGGAGGGCCUGCGGCAGAAGCUGCAGGAGGCCCAGGAGGAGCUGGCGGGGCUGCAGCAACAGUGGAGGGCCCAACUGGAGGGCCAGGCCAGCCAGCACCGGCUGCAGCUCCAGGAAGCCCGGGACCAGUGCCGUGACGCCCAGCUGCGCGUGCAGGAGCUGGAGGGGCUGGAUGUGGAGUACCGGGGCCAGGCUCAGGCCAUCGAGUUCCUCAAAGAGCAGAUCUCGCUGGCCGAAAAGAAGAUGUUAGAUUAUGAGAUGCUGCAGAGGGCGGAGGCCCAGAGCAGGCAGGAGGCCGAGCGGCUGAGGGAAAAGCUGCUGGUGGCCGAGAAUAGACUCCAGGCCGUCGAGUCCCUGUGCUCGGCCCAGCAUAGCCACGUGAUCGAGCCCAGUGACCUCUCUGAGGAGAAGAUCCGGAUGAAGGAGACCGUGGAGGGUCUGCAGGACAAGCUGAACAAGAGGGACAAAGAGGUGGCAGCCUUGACAUCCCAGAUGGACAUGCUCAGGGCCCAAGUAAGUGCCCUGGAGAACAAGUGCAAAUCAGGAGAGAAGAAGAUGGACUCAAUCCUGAAGGAAAAGAGGCGUCUAGAGGCAGAGCUAGAGGCCGCGUCUCGGAAGACCCAUGAUGCCUCGGGGCAGCUGGUCCACAUUAGCCAGGAGCUGCUACAGAAGGAGCGGAGUCUGAACGAGCUGAGGGUGCUGCUGUUAGAAGCCAAUCGCCACUCCCCAGGGCCCGAGAGAGACCUGAGCCGUGAGGUGCACAAGGCCGAAUGGCGGAUAAAGGAACAAAAACUGAAAGAUGACAUCCGGGGCUUGCGCGAGAAGCUGGCGGGGCUGGACAAGGAGAAGUCCCUGUCAGAGCAGAGACGCUACUCCCUCAUUGAUCCGGCCUCAGCACCCGAGCUCCUGCGGCUGCAGCACCAGUUGGUGAGCACGGAGGAUGCCCUGCGGGACGCGCUGGACCAAGCCCAGCAGGUGGAGAGGCUGGUGGAGGCUCUUAGGGGCUGCUCAGACAGGACGCUGACCAUCAGCAAUUCCGGUUCAGCCAAUGGUAUCCACCAGCCAGACAAGACCCACAAACAGGAGGACAAACACUGACCCCGAGGGAUACGAUGGACCAGCCCCAUUCACACCAGAGCCCUGCCGGGUUCCUCGCAACUCCACCUCCGGGCAGGAGCCAGAACUGUCUCUUUGGAGAUGAGACUGUGUUUGUAUUGUCCACACAACUGUGGACAGUUCCCGCCGGAACCCCCUGCCGGACCAGGAGGCUCCCACAGAUACGGCCUUCCCCAGAGCGGGGUGCAGCUGGGACUCGCCCUGGAGAACCUCUCUUGUCCCAAGCCGCUUCUGGGAUUGCAGAGGCUGAAGUGGUCCAGUUAGGCCUCUCUCGGCCACAUAGCAGGCUGUUCUGAGUCUUGUCUGGGCACCUGGGCACUUGCCUCCCUCCCUUUCCUUCUGGUGUCCCCAGGUGCCCUGCAGGCCGCUGAGGGGUGGAGCAGGGCCCCUGCUUGGACACACACACACUGAAAAGGGCUUCAGUCUUCAGAAACCAGGGAGGGAACUCUUGACUCCACGCAUGAGCCUCUUACGCAUCGGUACAAGGUCUCUUGGGCCUCUUUAGCCGGGAAAGGUUUGGGGGUGACAGACUCCUUCCUCAACAGCAAGCUAGUAUGCAUACUCCCGCCUGCUGCCCGGAAAAGUCGUGCAGACAGCUACAGUAUUAGGUGAGCACGCAAGCCCAUUCUUCUCCCGUCUUGACCUUGAGCCGGGCCUGGCUUGGGGUGUGGAGCCUGGCGAGAAAGGUCCAGAACUCUUUAAGAGUGUUCCUAUGGUGUUUUGCUGGGGGAGAGAGGAGUCAAGCUGGUUCUCUUUAUUUCUGGGGGACCCCCUGCUAUGUCACUCCAAAGACCCCAGCAGCCCGUGGAGGCCCCUGCUCCCACUUCCCAGGGCGAGACUACCGUGGGUGACAGGUGUGGUAAGUCACAAGGAUGGCCCAGGCUGCUUCUGUGAGCACAACCAGACACCAGCAGGUGGCGCCCACACUCUCGCCCUUAGGCCUUGUAUUAGCCUCUCCACCCUCCUCUCUGCUUCCUGUUGGCUUUUGGGUAGCACUCGCCUUUAACAACAGCAGCCUAGAGCCUAGAGUUGAUGUCGUAGUGGCCUAACUACAGAGCCAAAUAUUGCUCUCGUCAGCACAAUCGGGCAGCUCACGGAUUAGGAACUAACAGCCAAAGGCUCCCACAGUAGGGACCGGAAGGGGCUGAGCCCCACCCUGGAGUGGGCUUGCACCUGGUAGGUGUGCAAGAAGCCAUUUCCCCACAAGCACUGGCCUUUGAAGGCCCCUCAGCCUACCUGGUGUGGCCGCCCUGCUGUGGCUCGGCCAUCCCCCUCCCCCCCAGUGGAAUUGUGGAAGUGUGGCUAGUCCAUGUUCGGACAAUAAAGCUUGUGACUGAGGUACAGGA